UUCAUUCUUUUUCUUUUGUACUUUUUCUUGAUGGUCGAAGGAGGAUUGGAUUGAUUGUUCUCAGAACAGGGAGAAUUGAUACAAAGAUUACUGGCGUCUUUAUUGGAGUGACUGUCGUAUGAUUUCUUUGGAGAUCUCUGGAGAAAAGAGAAAGAAACUGAAACGGCAUGAAUGAAUUAAUCAGGCAAGACCUCUCACUACUUCCUCAGGAGACCCUCUUGAUCUGAUUAAGUAGUUCAUCAGCACUGGAGAAAACAGUAAGGUUUUUGGGACCAGAGCCUAUUCAACACAUUUUAGGUGCUUGCUCUGCCUGUUUCUCACUUAACUUUCAACACAUAUCUGAAAAAGUCCCAGAAAUCUAAACUGACCAAAUUAAUCAUCGUGGAAAGUGGGAGACCCACUGUGCACAAAAACAAACCUUUCAUCUGUGUGAGCCAAGAAAGAAAAAGUAAAAUAGCCUGCCAAACACCUGUAAAAAGAUGGCUAUCAUCAUAUGGGAAUUUGAAGAACUGCUAUAUGGCACAGUAACGAUCCAAAUGGGAGAAAACCAACUGUCAUGACAUCCCAGGAGGCUUUACAAUAGAGUAAACAAGAGAAGAAAAUUAUAACAGCUUUCCAUCUGUACUUGCAAACUAGACUUCCAUGUAGUUACUCUAGAUAAAUCCAAGGCAAUGUGCAGAUAAUACUUUGAAAAGUUCCCAAAUCAUACACUGAGGCUAACAUAUGUGGCAAAAGGAUUAUUUUACACUGUUUCCUCAACCCAUUGAUGAUCCAUAUUUUAGAAAGAACAGAAUUUAAUUUCGAAUUUAGGUUUUAAAUCACCAUCAGACAAAAACAGUUUCUCUAGAAAGAAUCAUGCUUGCUAAUGACACAUGUAACAUGACAGAUGGAGACAACACAGAUUUUAGGUACUUUAUCUAUGCAGUGACGUACACUGUCAUUCUUGUGCCAGGUCUCAUAGGGAACAUAUUAGCCUUGUGGGUAUUUUAUGGUUAUAUGAAGGAAACGAAACGGGCUGUAAUAUUUAUGAUAAACUUAGCCAUUGCUGACCUUUUACAAGUUCUUUCCCUGCCACUGAGGAUAUUUUAUUACUUGAACCAUGACUGGCCAUUUGGACCCGGUCUCUGUAUGUUCUGUUUCUACCUGAAGUAUGUUAAUAUGUAUGCAAGCAUCUACUUCUUGGUCUGCAUCAGUGUCCGACGAUUUUGGUUCCUUAUGUACCCAUUUCGCUUUAAUGACUGCAAACAGAAAUAUGACUUGUACAUCAGUAUUGCCGGCUGGCUGAUAAUCUGCCUUGCCUGUCUACUAUUCCCGCUCCUCAGAACCAGUGAUGACACCCCAGGCAACAGAACCAAGUGUUUUGUGGACCUUCCUACCAGAAAUGUCAAUCUGGCCCAGUCUGUUGCCAUGAUAACUGUUGGAGAGUUGAUUGGGUUUAUUACUCCUCUUCUGAUUGUCCUAUAUUGUUCCUGGAAGACAGUUUUAUCACUGCAAGAUAAAUAUCCUGUUGCUCAAGACCUUGGAGAAAAAAAGAAAGCCUUGAAGAUGAUUCUAACUUGUGCGGGGGUAUUUCUAAUUUGCUUUGCACCUUAUCACUUCAGUUUUCCUUUGGAUUUCCUGGUCAAGUCCAAUGAAAUUAAAAGUUGCCUAGCCAGAAGAGUGAUUCUAAUAUUUCAUUCUGUGGCUUUGUGUCUUGCUAGUCUGAAUUCCUGCCUUGACCCAGUCAUAUAUUAUUUCACCACUAACGAGUUCAGAAGACGUCUUUCAAGACAAGAUUUACAUGAUAGCAUCCAACUCCAUACAAAAUCCUUUGUGAGCAACCAUACCACUUCUACCAUAGCAACUGAAUUAUGCUAAAUAACAAACUAAUGAGGCCUGGAGUGCAAGUACAGCAGAAUACAUUUGCAAUACUCCAAGCUACAGGGAAGUACUCACAGGAAGCAUUCAUAACUUUUCAGUUGUGCUCCCUUACUUGUAUGGGGAAUUCACAUCUUCAUGACAGUAAUUAUUUACAGCAUUAUGUUCCACAGUCAUUGAUGUUGAAAUGUCCAUUCAGGGAUUUCUCAUCAAUUCCUUAAGACUUAAACUAUAAAAUUUCAGUGACAUUCUGUACAUAUGUGCUCUCAUCGAUAGUCAGUGGCUUUAUCUGUGAACCUAAGUCACAAAGAGAUUACUAGCAUGGGGCUACCUUAAGUCCCUAGUAUUAUUACUACAAAUAUUGAGCCUCUAUAUUCAGAGGAAAGGUAGUCUUCUAUUUAUAAUAAUAAUCACAUUUUACAUUUCAAAAUCAUAAUUUUGGUUGUAUUUUAAAUAGGACAGAUAUAUUACUCUGUGUAAACAAAAUGUUAUAAACAUUGACUCACUUUUAUCUUCCAUGUAUGAUUGCAUUCCAAGGUUUAAAAACACAAAUAGCUAUUUUCCUCAUUCAGUGUCAACAUGAAACAUCAUCUGUCACACCUCUUCAGUGAAUGAAAAUCUGAACUCAGGCAUCUGGUGUGUUUUAACAAAGAGCAACCACAUCUACAUACAAUAACUUUGUAUGAUUGUAUAUGAUGCCACCUUGAAUCUAUCCAGGGCAGGUAGUUUGCCAGAGUCCACCCAAGGUGACCCAAAUGACCUCUAUGCCCAGGAGAAAGCAGAAAGUAAAUAGUCACAGUUCUGGCUCUCUUAAACUAUUUUGAAUGAAUGUCUCUGGAACUGUAUGAACAUGCAUAGUAGAGGGAGUCUUCAGCAUGUUUCUAGAAUUACAUUGAGGUAACUCUGAUAGUUAACUGUACUUACUGAGCCUAUGGAAGAAAUAGGGCACUAAUUAAUCACUAAAUUUAGGCUUGAGUGAAAAGAUGAAACAAAGUUAAGACACCUCUUAAAAUCAUCAUCACGUUAUGUUUCUUAUUCCAGGCUAAGUGGUAUUUGUCAAUCCACCUACACAAGCCACAAUAGGGUUUGGAGGCAGUCAGUCAUGUGGGUACUUUUUCUAGUCCAGCUUUGCCCCAGCCAUUAUCAAUCUGAAAGGCUGCACCCCUCACCUUCCAGCAACUGGGGAAGGCAAUUCUUUCGCCUGUUGAAAAAAGUGUGGAAGAUUAUUUUUGCAUCUUUGGAUACCCCUUACAAUGCUUUUUCUGUUACCUGUUUGGUACUAUUAUGGAGGACAAAACUAGGGAAUGAGUAGUAAUUAAACCUGAUGCUGUAAGUAUUAGCAUAUUUUGCAACAUGAUUUAGGAAAAAGCUCUAACUUUAAAAAGUGCUCAAUUUAAAAUCUGUGUUCUAUAAUGAAGAAACAUCCUACUUUUCAUCAAGAAAGAAUGCAGAAUCCAAGCAAUGGUUUUAACAUAUUUAGAAGAAGGUGUAGUUUUAGGCACACAGUUAUGAUACUAAUAUGUUUAUGGGAAAAAACUGGUAAAAUCAAAAUGAAUUCUAAUAGCUAAGAUUAACAGAAUAUUUUCUAAAGUUUUCUCUAGGCAAUUGUUGAUUUGAUAUGUACUUUGAUAUUACCAUAAUACCAUAUUAGAAAAAUGACUUUGUGCUGCUAGUAAUAGUUUAUCUAUGUAUCUCCUAAUAAUUCAUUGUAAGGUAUAUGUUUUGAUGUAUUAAAUAAGUGUUGAAUUUUGUUUUAAGAAGAGUAACUAUAACUGGGGUAUGUUUGCUUCAAAGUGAUUUGUGUGACUAUAAUUUAAUGUUGUGAUAAGAUUGCAAGUACUCAUUAUGUGGAAUUGUGAAACAACUGUAGGUACUUGUAAUGGGAGCAUCCUGUCUAAACUCUCUGUGCGUACUCUUUUCUAGAUUUGCAUGAAUUACAAUUCUUAGGAUCACUUUGGGAUACUAUUGAUUUUCUUUCAUUAACACUGAUUUCACCUUAAACAUAUCUUCUCUUAAAGGGGGAAGAAAUAUUUCUAGGAGUUUAUUGACAUUCAGAGGAGUGGUUGAAGCUAGAGUCUGUAACUUAGGCAGCCCAUUUAUAUCAUUCAAGGAGAAGACAAGUGUCCAGUGUUCUUAUGCUACUUAACUAAGACCACCUCUUCUACAAGGCCUGCUCAUCUAGGUUUGCAUCAGUUCUCUGAUUUACUUUAUUCACCCCACACACCUCAUCAAUAUAUUUUAUCAUUUGCUCUAUUCCCAUGCCCUUCUAGGCAAUAAUAUAAUCAACUCAUUCAUGCUAUGGUGCUAAUGACUAAUGUUAGCUUAAUAUUUGCCCAUGGAUAUGAGAAUUCCAGACCUUAUGACUAGGCAUUAUUAAAAAGUGGGGAAUUUUAGUGGAGGGAUUGCAGGUACUGAAGCAGACAGACUGGAAUGGAGGUGAAUCUUAUAGCAGUGCUUUUCAGCUUACAUAUAGUAAGUGACCAACUACUUUGCUGACCAUUAUGGGGUUGCUAAAUUCUAAGGAAUAUAUUCAUAAAUGUAGCUAUCAGUUUCUCAGAGAUCUCUGUUUCGUUUUUUUCUUUCUGCCUCACUCCCUUUCAAUUCUGGACCUAAUUUCAAGGGAAAAAUUCAAGUGAGGAAAAAAGUCUUGAUAAAGAUAGUUGUCUCCUCCUUGAGAUUCCCCUUUCUUUGGAGAAUCUUCCCUUCAGGCCUCUCAUUUAACUCUUUGGGUUUUAUGAAAGGGGGUACAAAGAGUAAACACUCUCACCUGUAGUAACACACAAUUCAAGAUCAAUCAUCUCACAUUUUCUAUGUAAAAUUGUUUAAAGUUUGAUUUCAAAAUGCGAAAAUAAUUAUCACAAUACUUUUGAAUAUGAAGUGAUGUUAAUGUUAUCAUUAUUAUCUUCACUGUUAUUAUUAUACUCAAAUGGUUUAUAUGUUUUCAUUGUCCUCAUUAAGCAGCAAAUUCUUUCAAUGGGCAAUUCCAUGAAGAAGAGCCAUCAGACCCAGGAAUGAUAGACCAGCCUAUCUUGGCCUGAAAGGGUGCAUUGAUGGAACUCUUGUGCAACCUAAUUUUUAUUUCACUUUUUGUUUUGACUCCCAAGAUACUGUGAAAUGUUGCACUUGGAGUUUAUUUACAGCUA